CUUCAACACACACCAUUUGAUUCAUUCGUCCUUAAGAUUCCACAUUUUCAAGGAGGAGCAAUAGUUGUGCGCGCGCGGGUGUGCUGCCAUCUGCUGGCUAAACGAAGCAGUCGUACGUCGUCGCCAUCCCAGCGUCACGUGCACUGCAGCAGCGCGUCACGUGAUUCUCAACACGCACGAUAAACGUGCUCGUGAAUCGCGCGCACGUAUCACGGUGGACCGGGCACGCGUGCGUGCGCAGGUGAUGGCGCGGUGAAGGCACCGCGCAAUGCGCGCAUGCUCAAUGACGCCCGGCUGGGCGGGCUGCCUGUGGCUGGCCAGUACGGGGAAGGGCGGGGCUGCGGGCGGUGCGCUCCUUUCUCCCACCUGACGUCAAGUGCACGCUCUGCGUGGAGGACGAACCAACUGCGGUUGCCGUCGUGUGAUGGUCGUCAACACGGCUGCGUGCGGGCGAGAGAGAGCAGGCGUCCGGUGCCGACUUGGGGCCCUAGCUGAACGGACCCCCCCACACACACUCCCGCCCACGAACCAUCAUCUCAAGGACAAAGGGGGGCUGGAGGAUUUGAGGCCAUGUCUCAACCCGGGAAAGUCCUCCACGUCUAUGUCGAAGUCAGGUCGACCUGCGAUCCUAGUGCAGGCGGAAAGACCUUUGGAGAAGGCCCUCCUCUGGACCACUUGAAACUUAAGGACAACACUCAGGACCUCCUGUCCCAGCUUGCCAGCCGGAGCCCCACCGAGCAUCAGACCCUUGCUCCUAAAGCGCUCCACCGGUGUCCUUCUUCCCACUCUGGAGGAUCUCCACUCACUCCAUCUUCCCGGGCAUCCGAGCGCUGGAGUCUACCAUGUGACACGAAGCCCUCCGCCAUGUCCUGCUCCAACAGCAAAGAGGGGAGAGACGGGAAGCGCUCUGUGGUCUCCUUCAGUUACGUACAGAAGUCCAACGUGAAGAGCAGAAGCGGUCCGGGCAACGGUCAGGAAAGAGCCCACCAGGUUCACAAGAGACUUUGCGAGCCUUUUUGGUUUGGCAGUCCCAAAUUAACUUUCCCACCUUCAGGUUCCCGACACGCCGUGGACACGACCGGCAAGACUUUGGAGGACUUUGGAUCUCCGUUGUUGAAGCUCAAAGCGGCUCACGCGCCGGGGCGCGCCACGUUGUCUCGGACCUGCCGUUUGGGCCGUUGUCGGUCCCUGUCCAGCUCUCCCGCGCUGAUACACCAGGAGAGGUGGGGGGGGCGGCCCCAGAGUCCAGGGUCCGACUGGCGCUCCCUGCCGUCUCCGAGCAGCUCCCCGAGACCGGCUGACAUCGCGGAAGGCUUAAACCAGUUGAGUGACGUCCCGAAACGACCCGCCCCUCGCUGGUUUCAUCCCAAAGAAUCUGGUCCCACUUGUCCGCAGCAAAGGUUCGUGAUGAAUAUCCCGGUCCACGCGGCAGCCUCGGACGCAGGAAGACCCCUCCGCCAGCCGGGCCGGCUCCCUCUUCCCCCCCGCCUCCAUCGGCCCUCUCACCCUCCUACCGAGCUGGGCUCCCCCCUCAGGGACCCCGGGGUGUCCCUGGCCGAGCUCCGACCGCCCGACAGCCCCACCCUGCAUCGGCGCCGGACGCCCCAGUACACCGGCGCUGACCGGAGAGCCUCGGGGUGCCAAGAACGGGGAGAUCGCUCGGAGUUGACUCGCAAAGCCUUUGCGAGGACGGAGGGGACGCCGACGAAUAAGGAGCCGAGCGGCGCUCCUAACCCAGUCCCGGACAGCGAGCAGACCGGCGGCGGCCUGCCCGCACGGGCCAGCCCGAGCACGCCACAGAAGCGAGCUGAGCGGAAGAGGAGAGAGCGCCUCCUGCUGGGUCCCGUGGUCCCGGAUUCUCCGGAUGAGGAGCGUGAGCACCCUUUGGCGGGAUCCUGGCCCAGCUCCAGCGGGGUGACGGGCAGCUUGGGAGAGCGGGAGUGCUUGUCACCCGAGUCCCUUCAGUCCGGCGAGACCAGAGCCUCCACCUCUGGCAUACAGACGGACAGCGCGACGCCCGUCCUGUCGCUACACUGUCAGAAGAUGGCUCGGGCCAAGUGGGAGUUUCUCUUUGGAGCCGAAGAAGGCGCCGGGAGCGGGCCCGCAAACUUUGUGGACGCCUCCACAGCACCCCCAAGCGGAAACUCCAGCGAGUCGCCCACCCCCACGCCGCCCUCCUCCCUGCCGACGCUCGCCGCCAGCCAUCACGUUCGACACGUGGAGGUGGAGUUGGUGACCCCGUCCCCCGAAACGGGCGUUAUCCGCCGCAGCCUCAAAUACUCGGAGACGGACCUGGACGCCGUCCCGCUGCGCUGCUACCGAGAGACGGACAUCGACGAGCUGCUGACGGGCGGGCGGGACGACCGCGACUCGGCCUUCGGGAGCGACAGAAGCCUCCGCGGGGGGAGUCCCGGGGGCUCGGGCCCAAGGCCUCACAAGGGAAAAGUCGAGGAAGCUGGGAGCGGAGAAGGAGAGCGGGACGAGGACCGGUGGGAAGAGGAAGAGGAAGAGGUGGUGAGCUGGGCCAGCGUGAGAAUGCGAGGAGAUGAGAGGAAGCGGCGGGACGCGGCGUGGGAACAGGAGCGAGGCUUCUCACGCAUGAAAAGAGCGUCCGAGUGUUUCUCGGACCGGCGCCAGGCGGCGCUCAAGUCGCCGGUCCGGCUACGGGGCCCCGGCCGCGCCGCCGAGGACGCCUUCAGCCGCCAUUUUGAGAGCAUCGUGGAGUCGGCGCGCGCCAAGGGGACGUCCUACCACAGCCUGGACGACCCCGCCCCCGACUCAGACGCCACGCGGCCUCCGUCCAGCGAGCGGCUGAGCGGCGGCUCGGAAGACACGCCCCCCGGGAGGCGGGGCUACUCCCGCCCGCCGUCUCCCAGCCACGAGUUUGGCCGCCUGCUGGCUGACCAAUACCUACGCCUCUCUGACUAUUCGGGUCUCCCUCUGGACGGAGCGCUCAGAGCGUUCCUGAAGCAGGUGGCGCUGUUGGGCGGCAAUCCAGAGCGGGAGCGGUUGCUCUGGCAUUUUUCCCGCCGUUACUCGCUGUGCAACCAAAGCCAUUUUCCCUCCGAGGAUGCUGUGCUGGCGUUGACCUGGGCGCUGGUGGCGCUGAACGCGGAUCUGCACGGCCCGAAUGUUUGCGACAAGAUGUCCUGUCCUCAGUUUGUCAGCAACUUGGACGGCCUCAAUGACGGACGACACUUCCCCAAGCAUCUGCUCAAGGCGCUCUACAACUCCAUCAAGACUCAGAAGCUGCAGUGGACCCUCGACGAGGAAGAACUCAGGAAGUCCUUCUCGGAGCUCGGGGACAGCCUGUGCGACUCGUCCAGAUCGGCCAAGGGCGGCGGCGGCGGCGACGACGACGACGACGAUGACGACGAGACGACAGCGGACGAAGCGGUGUCCCGCGGGCCGCCGCUGUACAAGAACGGCUUCCUGGUCCGCAAAGUGCACGCCGACUCGGACGGGAAGAGAACACCGAGAGGCAAGCGAGGCUGGAAGACCUUCUACGCCAUCUUGAAGGGGCUCAUCCUCUACCUGCAGAAAGGCGAGUACCGCGCCGACAAGCCGCUGACGGACGACGACCUGAAGAACGCUGUGUCCAUCCAUCACUCGCUCGCCAUCCAAGCGGCGGACUACAGCAAACGCGCCAACGUCUUCUACCUGCGCACUGCCGACUGGAGGCUCUUCUUAUUCCAGGCGCCAAACGCCGAGCAGAUGCACUCGUGGAUCACCAGCAUCAACACGGUGGCGGCCACCUUCUCGGCUCCGCCCCUCCCGCCCGCCGUGGGCUCCCAGAAGAAAUUCAGCAGGCCGCCCUUGCCGGGCAACGUGUCCAAGCUGUCCCAGGAGGAGCAGCUGCGAUCCCACGAGGCCCGUCUGCGGGCCGUGUCUUCGGAGCUGGCCGAGCUGCGGUCCUGCCCGCCCCAGGGUAAACUCAAAGCCACAGAGCUGGAGCGGGACCAGCAUCUGCAUUUUGAGAAAACGCGCUACGAGACGUACGUGGCCCUGCUGCGGGCCGAGACGGAGGCCGGGCCGGGGGGUGAGGCGGAGGACGAGGGCGACCUCCAGAGGGCGCGCUCCAGCCCUAGCCUGCCAGACGGCGGCCAGGCCGGCGGGACUCGAGCGGGCGGCAAACCUCGGCAGGACGUCCAGAGGCACAGCUACAGGCAAGCCGUGAAGAAGUGAGGCCCACCGGCUUUUUCCUUUGCUCCGGAGCCGGCGGGGCCCGGCGACGCCCCGCCUCCUCGGGCCAGUGAGCCCGGACGGCCGAGGACUAAGGCGCCCCCGGCGCCUCGGUCCAAAAUGACACCCGGUCAGAACAGGAAGGUGCCCUGCCAGCGGCGCAUACACACCUUUUGUUUGCCUUUUCUUUCUUUUUGCUUCUUUGCUCGCCUCUUCUUUCCUGGUUUUGCCGCAUCUCACCACCUUUCAACUUUUCCUCCUCGUGUCGCUCGCUCCCGCGCGUGUGCUUUUGGACCCAGAUUGUUCUUUCGGCUUCAGUUGAGUUAGGGGUGGCCGUCAAACGCGAAGGGCCAAAUUCGCCGGCCUCACAGCGGCGUUUCCAACGUGUGGGUCGUUACGGGUUGGCGGCAGGCCGGCACAUGUAGCCCGCCACCUUGCAUACUGAAUCUGCUUGACAUUUUCAGCGCGCGCGUGCGUGCGCGUGCGUGUGCACAUGAGCGCGCCUUGGGUUCUGUGUGCACCAUGUUGUCUGUUUCUUGUGUACGUGCGCGCGUGCUGUGCAUUGCAUGUACACGUCCGGUUGUAUGUGUGCAGGGGGCUCGCCGUUGCGGUCGUCAUGGCAACGUUUUCCUCCAUCUGAACGUAAUGAUUGUAAAUAAAGCAUGUUUGUACAACUCGGAGCUGUUUGCAUCCGACGCGCGUCUUCUCUUUCUGCUAGUUUGUGAACAUGUUUAUCUGGUUGAAUAAAAACUUUUCCUUAUCCUUUACUCAAAAUAAAAAUGGACGCGAGUG